AUGGAGGCUGUUGACAGAGUACAAAGAGGAAACACCCAUCAAGGGAGGCCGUCAGACGAAGUUAUGAAGGACCAGUUUGUUAAUAUGAAAUUGAUUGGGAGAAACUCUUUGUCAUGGGUUCUUACUACAGUGUAUGAGAGUCCCAAAAAAAUUAAUCGCAGAGGUCUAUGGAAUAAUCUCAAAAACAUCAGUAAUAAUAUGGAGCUUCCUUGGUGUGUAAUAGAGAAUUUUAAUGCUUUCUUACAUGAUCUUGAAAGGAAGGGUAGCUCGGGUCUUAGAAGCCAAGGUGCAUGCACUGAAUUUCAAGAUUGUAUGUUUGACCGCGGGCUUACAGAUUUGGGCUAUGAUGGGUGGCCGUUUACUUGGCGUAGAGGGAAUUUGGUGGAAUGGCUUGACAGGGGCUUAGGCAAUAUUACUUGGCAGAUAAGAUUUUCGGAUGCCAAGAUUAAACACUUAUCCAUGCUAAAAUCUGAUAAUUCUCCUCUUUGCCUUCAAAUUUCCACUAUGCCUCCUCCGAAUAGGGAGAGAAUACCGUUCAAGUUCUUGGCCUCUUGGCUUUUCCAUCCUGAUUUUAGUAAUGUGAUAAGUAAUAAUUGGAGGAUGUUUGGUUCCUGGCCUCUUGGCUUUUCCAUCCUGAUUUUGGUAAUGUGA